AUGGAAUGGAAAGCCCUACUGUUGAUGCUAACCGUCGUCUGUGGUGAACUACGGGCUGCCUUUAACGAGUCCGAUUCCGUCGGCUCAAGGGUGCUUUCGAGACGGAAACGAUUCCUGCUGUUCCCACCCGGAUCGAACAUUCUGCUCACGUCCUUCUUCGGGAAGGGUCUGGUAUUUCGCGGCCCUGCCGGUUACGUCGUGAUCGGUGAGCUCGAUCUGUACUACCCGUUACCCGACUACAAGUAUCACGCGAGCGCCCUCAAACUAGGCAAGAUCGCCAUGUACCCUCCGGAGCCAAAGAAGCCACCACCACCUGCACCACCCACAACAGCGAAACCGGCAGAACAUCACCACGAUGGUGGAGAGCUAACACCGGCUGAAGUCCAGGAGUACUUGAAAGCACACCCAAACACGUGGAUCCCACCAGGUUGGGGCAAAGAACGUGCCGAUUGGAACACGUACGGCGCAUACGGCAGUGAACCGGGAUACGAUUCGGGUUAUUGGCGUACGGGCGAUCGAGGCUCUGGUACGCUCAAUCGAUACCUCGGUGCGAACAGCUGGAAUGAAGCCGGCCAGCCGUACGGACGCUUCCGGCGAUCGGUCGUCGAGCAGGCGCUUGAGAACGAUCGUGAGGAUGAUCACGCUCGAUCGCGGUGGCUCAGUGGAGAAGCCUUCAACAUCAGCCAGCACGGUGAUUGGGAGCACUUUCAUCAUUAUCGCGAUCGGCGCGCUUUGUUUAGCCAUCUGGAGGAUACCAUCGGUGCUAUCACCGGGUUCCACAUGAAGGAGUGCAUCCUGCGGAGUAUCUGUGAGGCGAAGAACAUGCUGCCACCACCUGGCCGAUCGAUGGCGAUGGACAUCUUUCGGGUGCUGUUCAGUUUCCCGCUUCGUGAGGAUCUCACGGACGAUUACAGCAGCGCGAUGCGUGAUGACGCUACCGACUGUCGAGCACGGUAUGGUGCCGGUUGUCCAGCGAGUCUGCUCGAUUUGGUGCUGUUCGGACGGUUCGAACCUUAG